UAAUCAUUUUCCUUACAUUUCCCAUUCCAUGAAAUCUUGCAGCUAAGUUUCAAUAUCUCUUCUAUCUAUCCUUUUUUUAUUUUUUGUAUCAGUCUUUUAUUGCCUUUUGAUUUUUCGUUAUCAUUUUUUCUUGUAUAAUUCUUUCGUGGGUUCUGAUUGUUUUGCGUUUUUUUUGAAAAAAAUUUUGAAUUUUGCCAACGUUAAUGUCAUCAUGGGGCUGAAGCCAUUUUGAGCAUGGGAUCAUCUAGGAUCAGAAUGCCAUCAAAUAAUUUGAUAAAAUGUUGAGGGUAAUAACAAUAAUAGGCCCAAUGAAAUUGUUCUUUUUUGGGAAUUCUUUGUAGGAAAUAAUUGUUUGCAGUAAUUUCUGGGAUUUAUAAUCUCAGGAGGGAAUGGUAGUGGCACUGGCAAUGUCAUUAGUCGGCACUUGGGUUAAUUAAGAUAUUCUUAAUCUAUAACCGGUUAUCAAUUCUAGGGCUGCAUAGAAAUACUUGUAAUGGUCAACCAAUUUUUAGCAUCAAUAUUUUAUGAUUUAUUGGUUUUGCCUUUUUCAAGAUAUUCAAAAUCUACCAGAAGCAACCUAAAUGAAGAAAUGCUACUUUCAUCAGCUGCAACUAGGGUUGCUAGCUUUUGUCUGCAAAACUACAGAUUUUGGUCAUUGAUGAGCACUGAGAGGAAAAGGGAAACCAGCAAAAAACUGAUGUUAAUCAUUUCUGUAAUCUUUUGCAGCUUUAUUAUCUCAGUUAAUUUCUUGUUAAAGAAUUACAGGCUAUUGAUACUUUGUUGUGAUUACCUGACAUUUUGCUGAAAAGAGUUUUGAAUUACAUGCUUCAUGAAUAUGUUGAGCAUUUUCCUUGGAGGGAUUUCCAUGCAGCAUCGUACACUUUUCUUCUUUUGGUUGUGCAGAAGUUUCUGUUGAUUAAAUAUUACUACAUGCUAGUUGGUUGUUUUUGCCUUGAAGAUAUCUAUGUGACCUGUUGUACAAAAUGUUUGAUUGUGGAUACAAGUCAAGCUACAUCGGUGACCAGAGGGAGAAAUUUGUGAGAUUGGAUGAUAUGGACUCUACGUUGUCAAUGAAUACUAAUAGCGGUGGAAUGAAGAAAUUCUGUUUCAAUUUUUUAGAAGGAUUUUCCCUUAGUAGACGUGGAAAGAAGAAUCCAUCACAAUCUUUCAGGUUUGAUUUUGAUGUGAAAAAGGGAUCAGAAGGACUGAUAACAAUCGGUCGAUCAAUAACAACUGGAGUGACUCGUGCAGUGUUCCCUGAGGAUCUUAAAGUGUCUGAGAAAAAGAUAUUUGAUCCUCAAGACAAAUCUCUCCUCUUAUGGAACAGGCUUUUUGUCAUAUCCUGCAUUCUUGCAGUAUCCGUAGAUCCUUUAUUCUUUUAUCUGCCAGUCUUUAACUAUAAAAUGGUGUGCCUGGGCAUGGAUACAAAUCUAGCAGCCACAAUUACUGCUGCUCGGACAAUACUUGAUGCUUUUUAUCUGCUUCGCGUGGCUCUUCAGUUCCGCACAGCUUAUGUUGCACCAUCAUCAAGGGUCUUCGGACGAGGUGAACUUGUAAUAGAUGCUGGACAGAUAGCUGCUCGGUAUUUACGUCGUUAUUUCAUUGUUGAUUUUCUUUCUGUGCUACCCUUACCACAGAUAGCGGUAUGGAAAUAUCUUAAUAAUAAAAGAAAAGGUUCAGAGGUAUUGGCUACAAAAAGAGCAUUGUUAGUUCUCGUCUUUCUUCAAUACAUUCCAAGGUUUCUCCGCUUUGUUCCUUUAACUUCAGACCUAAAAAAGACUGCUGGUGCUUUUGCUGAAAGUGCUUGGGCGGGUGCUGCAUACUAUCUGCUUUGGUACUUGCUUGCUAGUCAUAUAGCUGGGGCUUUCUGGUACUUACUAGCUGUUGAACGCAAGGACACAUGCUGGCAAAAAGCUUGCAUUGAAAGUGCAAAAUGUGAUAUAGGCUUCUUGUACUGUGGCAACAAGGUAUUGCCAGGUUUCCAUGAGUGGCGGAGGGUCAGUGAUGAUGUCCUUGCAAACAACUGUAAUGUUAACGAUGAUGGUAAUUCAUCAUUUAAUUACGGAAUCUAUACACAGGCCAUGUCAUCAGACAUUGUUGCAUCAAGGAUAUUCCUCUCUAAAUUCUUUUAUUGUUUAUGGUGGGGCUUGCAAAACUUGAGUACACUUGGUCAGGGUCUUGAAACCAGCACCUAUCCUUUAGAGGUAUUAUUUUCCAUUGCAAUAGCAAUUUUCGGGCUUAUCCUCUUUGCGCUUCUGAUUGGAAACAUGCAGACCUACCUUCAAUCUAUAACAGUUCGCCUAGAGGAAAUGAGGAUCAAAAGGCGUGAUUCGGAGCAAUGGAUGCAUCAUCGCUUGCUUCCUCAAGAUCUCAGGGAGCGAGUUAGGCGCUAUGAUCAAUACAAGUGGUUGGAAACUCGGGGAGUGGAUGAAGAAAAUUUGGUCCAGAGUCUACCAAAAGAUCUCAGGAGGGAUAUCAAGAGGCAUCUUUGUUUAAAUUUGGUCAGAAGGGUUCCUCUGUUUGCCAAUAUGGAUGAGAGGCUGCUAGAUGCUAUUUGUGAACGACUGAAGCCGAGUCUAUACACAGAGCAAACUUACAUAGUCCGAGAAGGGGAACCUGUCGAUGAGAUGCUAUUCAUCAUCCGUGGCCGCCUAGAGAGUGUAACCACUGAUGGUGGAAGGAGUGGAUUUUUCAACAGAGGAUUCUUGAAAGAAGGGGACUUUUGCGGAGAAGAGCUUCUAACUUGGGCACUAGACCCUAAAGCUGGUUCUUGCUUACCAUCAUCUACUAGGACUGUCAUGGCCAUAACGGAGGUAGAGGCUUUUGCCUUGGAAGCUGAAGAGCUGAAGUUUGUUGCAAGUCAGUUCAGGCGCCUUCAUAGCAGGCAGUUGCAGCACACUUUCCGUUUCUACUCGCAGCAAUGGAGGACAUGGGCAGCCAUCUUAAUCCAAGCUUCUUGGCGGCGGUAUGCCAGGAGGAAAGCAGCAGAACUUCGUCUCUUAGAAGAAGCCGCAGAGUGUGAUGAGGAAGAGGAAGAUGAUUAUGAUGAUAGGAGGGCAUUAAUUUCGCGAAGUAGUUUGUCCAGGCUUGGUGCAACACUACUUGCAUCUCGCUUUGCAGCCAAUGCUCUUCGUGCUCGCAGGCUUCGCAGGACAAGUAAUGAUUCAAGGCUGCUGAACCCACGAAGGCCCUCCGAACCUGACUUUAGCGCAGAGAUUGAUGAGUGAAUUGAAUUAGAUGAUUUUGCUUGCAUGCUAAAGCUUUAUGCACCAUAUAUUGUCACUAAUGUAAAAUUGAGUUCUCAGUUUCUUUUUUAACCCACUAGGAUCCACUGUACAUGUCUGUGAUGAUGUGGAGAAGGCUUAAUAUAUCAGCCACUAUAUCUGAAUAAAACAGUCACCAAAUAGAGCCAUAUAUACUUGAGAGGGGUGCGCUGUCGUUGCCAGGACCAUUAAGAGUAAGAAAUUUCUCUGUUAACUGAA